CCCUGCCGAGCAGACCGUGUUUUUGGGGAUUCUUGUAUUUUUUUUAAUAACUUAACCAGAUUUAUUAAAUAAAAUAUAUAUUAAUCAUGGCUUCCAUAUUACGGACGGGUAAAUUGCUGCGUUAUUUUGCCGGAUUCACACGAAACGUGGUGGUCAAUUCGGUGCGUGAGAACGAGAGCAGCAAUCUGCUGACCAAUGCCCCAUGUAUUUGCGGCCAGUUUCAAAACUUUGCCAGCAAUGCGGCAGCUCCCAAAUCGGAAUUGAGCCUGGACAGGCAAAUCAAACGACUUGAUCAGGAUGUACGACGCAUUGGACGCAUUUCUCGACGUGAUCUGGAGGAGGUACUCGAUGAAAUACGCACACAUCGUACAGCGACAAGCUCCCAGUCGCUCCUGGUGAUCCGUUGUUGUGGCAAUCUGGUGCCCGAGGAGUUACCCGAAGUGCGUACAGCUUUGGUUCAGGAAAUUUGGAAAACGCUGAAUGCCCUCAAUGUGCCCAUGGACAUCUCUCACUACAAUGCCCUGUUGCGGGUCUAUCUGGAAAAUGAGCAUCAAUUUGCUCCAACCGAUUUUCUAGCCGAGAUCGAGGCCAAAGGCAUUGAACCGAAUCGUGUUACCUACCAAAGAUUAAUCGCACGCUAUUGCCAGCAGGGGGAUAUAGAAGGAGCCACAAGGAUACUGGAAUUUAUGCGGGGUAAAAGCUUGCCAGUGAAUGAAAAUGUCUUUAACUCGCUGAUCUUGGGACACUCACAGGCCAAUGAUUUGGAAUCCGCCAAGGGCAUUCUGGGCGUGAUGAAACAAGCUGGCUUGGAACCCAGUGCAGAUACAUAUACCACCCUGUUGUGUGCCUUCGCCCGUCAUGGAGAUCUGGCGGCGUUGCACGAAACUUUGGCCGAGUGUGAGCAGAAAGAGAUUAUCUUGCUGGACAAGGAUUUACUGGACAUUGUUUAUACCCUAACCAUCCAUGGCAAUGGUGAAAAGUCAGAUGAAGUGCUAAGCAAAUUGCGCAUAUCGCCGGGAUUCAAUCAGGAUGCCGUAAAUAUUAUACUACGCCUGGUCAACAAGGGUUUCGAGGAUGUGGCCCUGAAAUUGCUCCGUCUAAUGCCAAGAACAACACGUGUCAAUGGCGAACAAGUCGAUGUGGGAGCCUUCUUUGUCCGGCAAUUGGUUAAGGCAAAUCGACCGGUGGAAAAGAUUUUGUCCAUUUGCAGAACCCUCCAAGCUGAGGGUCUCAAUCCAAAGGCUCUAACAAUUGCCACCGAAGCGGGUCUGACUAACGGCGUGGUGAACAAUGCUCUGCCCCUGUUGCAGGAGAUGAAGAACGCUGGACUACCCAUUAGACAGCAUUAUUUCUGGCCCUUGUUCUGCUCCGUGGAGUCCAAUCAAGUGCUGGAUAUUGUGCGACGCAUGCAGCAGGAAUUCUCAUUGUACCCGAAUUCAGAGACAAUUCGAGAUUAUGUUAUACCCAAUCUCAAGGAGAAGAACUGGGAUCGCAUUGUGACGUCUCUCAGGGAUGCCGGAGUACCAAAUUCUACGGCAGUCACUUCUGCCGUAUAUUCCGCCUUGGUCACUCAUCAAUUGGCCGAUGCGGCAAAAAUAAUGGAACAAAGUCGUGCGUACUAUGUGCCUAUCCUGUUCCGCCAACCGUUGAUUCUAGCUCUCAGCCAUACCAAGGAUUAUGCUUCGUUUAUCCGCUGCGUCAGACAAAUCCAUGAGGGCUUGCAGCUGCGUGCCAACAACAAGUCGGAAGCGGCGACUGCCGAGGAAGACCAGGUGGCCAGUGAUGGCGAAGCUCCCACUACCACAAGUGUGGCAAACGAUGUGGUGGGCAGCAUAGUGCAUGAGGCAGCAAUUUACUUUAAGCGCGAACGUGUCCCGAUUCUAGAGAAGAUUCUCGAAGGUUUGGUCAAACAGGGUCUAUCCAUAAGUAGUGGCAAAGCCACCGUUCUGUCCGAGCUAAUAGGCUCUGAGAUGACACCCAAAGUAUCCGAAUUGCUGGGCAAACUCAGCUCCGGCGAACUGGAACCCACGCCCUUGCCCAACAGUGGUAAACGUACCUUGGAUUCCCUCUCCAUUGAUGAACUGGAACGUUUCAUAGUCAAUGUGGAGGCCAAGGGUGAGAACGCCAAUAAUAUUAAGCGCCAACUAUUGAACGCCUGUUUCCGCUCACAAAAUCUCGAGAAGACAUUGCAGGUCAUUGAGAAAUUGGAAACUGAGAAAUUCCAAAUUCCCAUUGGCAUCUAUGCCCAGUUGAUUGAUCUUUACACCCAUCAUAAACGCAGCUCUGAUGCUUUGGCCUACUAUGCGAAAUUGAAGGCCAAGGAAUCGAGUUUCCAAUUGGACAACUUCAAGGCAGUUCGUCUAGCUGAUCUCCUGUUGCAAGAAGAACGUGUGGAGGAGGCUUUCAAAGUGCUGGAGGAGAAUAAGAAGGAUGCAGUGUUCAAUGAGAGCGAGGGUAGCUUCAACUAUGUCAGCACUGUGUGGCGGGUGCUGAAUGCCCUGGCCGAGGCGGGUCAGCCGGAGAAACUGAAGCGUCUCUUCGAUGCUUUAGUGUCUCAUAAUUAUAUUGUGCCCACCAAUGUGCUGUUGGGUCCAUUGAUUAAAGUUCACCUGGCCAAGGAUGACAUACCUAAAGCCAUCGAUACCUUCGAGGAGAUUUGCCAGAAAUAUAAAUCUACCCCCUGGAAGAACGAAUUGGCCUGUCGCCUCAUCCAAAAGGAGGAUGCAACGAAUCUGCAGCGCUUAACCGAUCUGAGCACAGGUAUCCACGGUGAAGUGAAUAGUUUGUACGAUUUGGUCUUCUCCUUCGUGGAAUGUGGUCGUGUGCGUCAAGCUCGCAAGAUUCUGGAGACGCCUGGUCUUCGCACACGUCCUCAGAGGAUAAGCAGUGCCUGUGAUCGUUACCGCAGCGAAGGAUUGCUGCAACCCCUCGAGGGAUUGAUCGAAGCCACCAAAGAUUUGGGUCACAUUGAUAGAAAUAAGAUUUAUUACACACUUCUGCUUAGCUACGACAAGGCCGACGAGGCCGAAAAGGCUUUAGGCCUGUGGACAAAAAUGCAAGAGGAGGCGGUACAACCCACCGAUGGUUUCCUCCUCAAACUGACCGAGUUGCUCAAGCGCAAGAACAUUGAAGUGCCAUUUAUUGUGCCAGAAACUCAACAGACGACUAAAGCUGCAAAGCGCUCAAAGAGGCAAAUAAAUUCCGAGGAAGCUAAGCAGGAACAAGCAUCAGCUCCAGCUCCACUCAAAAAGGAACCAGAGGCAAAGAAAGUUGCAGCUGCCCCAGCGGCACCCAAACCCCCCUCCAAUGUGACCGGUUUCCGGAAAGCCAUAUUGGCCAAUGAUGUAGAUGGAGCCAUUGCCUUCAAGAGGAACUUUAUUAGUGGCGAAAAAGUCAGUGCACUGGAUACAUCACGACUCAUAGAACUCCUGGUACGGGCCGACCGCCUGACUGAGGCCACCAAAUAUGUUGAAGAACUUCUGGCCGAGAAACUUCAUCCGCAGCCAAAGAUUUUCAAAUUCUAUUUGAAUAAAAUUGCCGCCUCCGGGGAUUUGGAUAAUCUACGUAAAAUUGGCCAACAAUUGAACGAUGAACAGAAGCGACUUGUGUCCUUCGAUAAUCGUUAUUGUCAUGCCAAUAUAGUGGCUGGCAAGGCGAGCGAGUUCCUCAAGCAAUUGAGCACAGAAAUUGAUGCUGUUAAGACGCCCGAGGAGGCAGCUAAACAGGCGGAGAAAUUCCCACGUGGCGGUGCAGUGGGCAUACUGGAGAAACACCCCGAAUUGGUGGCGCAAUAUGAAUCAUUGGCUGAGAAGUUUGCUGGACACAAUCAAUUGGGUCCCAUGAAUGUAUUGUGGAUGCAUUUAAUAUCCAAUGGCCAGGAGGUGGCCUCCAAGCAAAUCUGGGAUAAAUAUCUCUCAAGUGCUCCUCGACUCAUGUUCCAGCGUGUGCUGCAAACGGCUAGAGAACAGCAAGACGAGAAACUGGCCUCCACAGUGAUUUCCCAGUUAAGGGGCAGCAAAAUAUCUGAGGGUGCCAUUGGCAAUGCCUAUUCCUGUUUAAUUGACAUUCAGACCACCAAAGGCAACACGGACAAAGCCUUGGAUGUUGUCGCCAAUGCCAUUAAGGAUGUUUCCCUGGAGAAUAUCAAUCGCACCGCUUUGUUGCGUCUCAAACAGGCCGUCGAGGAGAAAUCACAGAAAUUCCCCUACACAAUACCAGAGAAGAAGACGAAAGCAAACGAUUCUAGCUCCUCAUCCUCCUCGUCGAGCAGCGAUGAUGAUGUCUCACCAAAAAUACCUGAAACAGUUCCACACAAGCCAGGAAACGUUUAGUUUAACCGAAUCGUGUUCGAGAUCCUUCGUUUUCUAGUUUAAUCCUAAAAUAAUUACUUAUUAUUUUUGUUAAGUAUUUACAUACGGCUAAAUAUGUUGCAAGAACAUAUAAUAAAUUUAAUUGUUUUCA